AUGCCACCAGUUAGACAAGUUUAUGCACAAGAAGAGCCAUCAAAUUGGGCGAAGUUUAAAAUGGGGUUAAUGAUGGGUUCCACAGUGGGGGUUUGUACCGGGGUCUUGUUUGGUGGGUUUGCCAUUGCCACUCAAGGUGCUGGACCAGACGGUGUUGUUAGGACACUUGGAAAAUAUAUUGCAGGGUCAGCUGCGACAUUCGGGUUGUUUAUGUCCAUUGGGUCAGUUAUUAGAAGCGAUGAUGAAGGGAGAAACAUGACUGCUAAACAAUAUCUAGAAAUGCAACAAAGGGCAAAGUUUGAAAUAUGGAAAGUACGUACUAGACAUGGAAUUCACAAGGAUUAA